AUGGAAGAGUUAGAGGAAUUAUGGGAACAAAUGAAGUUGACGGAAGAGGAGAUGGAGACGAUAGAACUGAAUGAGGAGGAUGCAGAAGUGGUGAUUAAAAAAGGGGAAUUGUGUCUGGUGGGGAAAGUUUGUGUUGACAGAGUGAUUAGUAAGAGUGUAAUCAUGUCAAUUAUGUCAAAGAUUUGGUGCUUAAGUAAACCAACAGUGUUCCAGGUGGUGGGGAAGAAUUGUUUUGUGGUUGUUUUCAAUAAUCAUGCUGAUAAGCUAAAGGUAGAAGGGGGAAGGCCUUGGUUAUUUGAUAAUAAUCUGUUUAUUCUGAAGGCGUUUGAGGGUGAUUUGCACCCGGGAAAAAUCCUGUUUGAUUGUGAGUCAAUGUCGGUGCAACUUCAUAAUCUUCCACUUGCAAGAAUGAAUAGAGAUACUGGGGAAAGGAUUGGUAGGUCAAUUGGAAGGGUUUUAGAGGUGGAUGUAGACGAGAAAGAAAGUGGAUGGGGUCAGUUCCUUAGAGUGAAGGUGGAGAUUGAUCUGAAGAAGCCAUUAGCAAGAGGUAGAACAAUAUUUGUUAGCAGUUCAAGGUAG